GCUCGGUGCGGGCCCGGAACUGGGGGUGUGGGCGAAGGGGGGACGUGUCCCCUGCCCACGGGACGAAGCGUGGGCCGGGGAGUCAGCCGGUACCGCCCCUGCCCUCCCUCGGCGGGCAGCACAGGGGGCACCGCUCCGUCCCAACAUGGCGGACGCCUCUUCGCGCCUCUGGGCUGUCAGAGCCGCUGCUGUAGGCCGGGGACGGACGGGCCGCGAAGGUGGCGGGGUGAAGAGGUGUAAGCACGGUUCAGACUUAACCUGUGCCUAAGAUGUAGGCGCAGGAUAGAAAGCGUUUAAGCGUGAGGCUGAUGAGCAACUGUUUUAACCCCUCUCCAUGAGGUGGAGCAACAUCCCCCUCAUCCAACAACACAGGUACCUUGAAAAGGCAGCAUCAUGUUGUGACUUCAUUUAACUAAGGCACCGCUUCGGCAAGUGGGUUUGUGUCCCAACAAGACCAUUUGGUUUGCAGAUUCUGACUCCUGAGAACAUCCUUGCACUUAUUUGCUAUUGUGCACCACAUAUCUCCGGUUUUCACCACAGACUACUCCAUAAGUAAGUUCAUGAGCACGUUUUUUGCAGGAUCAGGGAAAUCACAAACUUAAUUCCCAAAAAGAAGUAAUCCCUUUAGAUUGAUUCUGUGCCAGGAUACUGGUAUGUAGUCUUGCACAGAGAAACUAACGAUGGUAAUAUCUCUAAUAUCUUUAAUCUCUCUAAACACAACAUAAUUUUCAAAACUCCAUGUUCCAUUGUACCUUUUAUAUACCAUUACCUUAUUCAGAAACAUUAUCAUCAGUACACAAGGUUCACUGAAUAAAAUGUUAAUAACUUGUUCAUUUCCAUUAUUUUUAAGUUGAAAAUUAACAGCUAAGUUAUGAACGAUUAGUCCUUUCUCAACAUCUAUAAGUUGGUGUGAAAAAUUACUAAAAGACAUGUUUUUAAAUGGAGUAUUUAAAUAGUAUUCUGUAGUUGAAGAAGAAAAACCUGUGUUCAAAGAGAAACGCUAGGUGAAAAUGUCGUAAGUUAUCACUUGCUAUUAAAUAACAGAGAAAUGUCUAAAACCCAACCAUAGUUAAACAGAGUAGGAAAGCUAUCGCUAUGUAAAGCGUAAGAUGAUUUGUUCUGAUGCUCACUGCACAUUUAUAUGUUGAAUAGGCCAGUUAGCACGCCCCUGUCAAAAUUGAGCUCAGAUUUCCCAUCAUUUUUAUAUCAAUGUCAUUUCUCUUUUUUUUCCUUUGAAAAUAAGCUUCAAUUUGCCUAAAAAUUUUGAGCACAUUUUCUUUCAUAUUUUAAGGUUCUCUUGAUAUAGCAUAUUCCAAAGAGUGCAAGCCAACUCCUACAGCAGGCAGGUCGACCCUCUUUUUUAACAGAUUGCUCGCUCUAAGCGGUGCCAGGGAGGUUACAAUUAUUUUUAUUGGCAUCUCUAAGAAAAUUACAUUUUGCACUUGCAUAAUUUUUUUUUAGAUAAAAGUUACAAUUGUCUGAUUUUACUAGCUGUUCACUUAUGUUUCCAUUUAAAGAGAUUUCUCUUUUGCUUUCCUGAUGCUCUCCACUGGCAGCUGCUCUGACAUGUUUUGCUUUUGCGUAGGAACUGGGUUCACAGCGGUUCUGAUAGUUUAGCUUCUCAUUUUAGCAGAACACUGUAAAGCCUGCCUACGUAUCCAGCAGCCACCAUUCUUACAUCCCGGGAUGGAAUUAGGUCACAGCUGGGACUCACUGAGAGUUCAUAAAGCAAAACUCCAUCUCAGCCGAAAAACCCCUGGUUGGUGUCAAAUACCAUUACACAGGCAAAACAAUUCCAGGAAGUGUUAUUUCACAUCUUUGUACUUCUCAGUUCCAUCUCUGUACUUCUGAGUCCCAAUUUUUGGUUAGGUAGGCUUUUGUGGAGUAGAAUAAGAAAUGUUAUUUGCAAAAUUGGGAAUUAAUAAUGCAAUAAUACAAGUAGUUGGCAUGAACAGAUCUGUUGGCUUUGAUGGGGCUAUUCGACUAGGCAAAAUAACCCAGGCACAUAAGUGUUUGCCAGCUCAAACUCCAAAGCCAAAAUGACAAGCUUAUGAUCAGUACACAGUAAUACUUGCACUGCAGUUGCGCUUUAAGGCCUCAACCAACUCAACCUCAACCAUCUAAGACCAAAAAAGCCCAACGUAAAAUUAGACAAAAUGGAUCCAGCACUGCAAGUUUCAGGCAUGUACCGGGACCAAAAAUGUUAGCAAAACAAUUGGAAUGGCUGACUAUGGUGUUUUUACUGAUUUAACAUACAGAUUCAUAAAAGUUUAAGAUAUUUUCUUGUGUCCAUUAUCUUUCUCAAAAUAUUCUGGAGCUAUGUGAAGGGAACCUUGCUAUUAUUUAACAGUCUGGCAAAUAAGUACGGUCAAAUUCAAUGAGUUAAGCCUAAUAAAAUCUCGGUUUCCCUGUUAAAGACUGCAGAUUCCCUGCUGCCCUGCAUCUAGCUGUGCCUGGGGGUGACAGAAGUGCUUUGAACUGUAAUGGUAACUGAGCAAUAAUAGGUUUAGAGUGACAUAAAAAACGGAACCAAAAUCCUGCUUAUGGAAACAAUGCAGAAUUUAGCAUCCAGUUUCCAAGACCAGCGUUAGGCAAGGGCGUAAGUGACUGCAAGAGCCAUAGCACUAUGCGUACAGCCCCUGGCAAGUAAAAGGAAAUCUUCUGGGCUUAUUUCACCUUUACAAAACAUCUAUCAUCUUUUUGCUAUUAUUUAGUUAGAGAGGGUUUCACCUCUAUAUUAAAACCACUCAGAUCCUUCUUUGAGUUAGUACUAAUCAUAUGCUCGAGUGGCCUAGCUAAAAUAGAUGUAAUGUGUUCAAACCGAUUUUCCAGUGUAUAAACAUUCCUGUCUAAAAAUCACAGGAAUAACUGACAUCUUUGUUAGCAGCCUUUAUGAAUUUAACAUGUUGAGCAGACUAGUUGGGAAAAGGCUGGAGAGCAAGAGCUGUGCUCUGGUAUUUGGGGAGCCCAUUUUACUAGAAGAGCAUGGAGAAGAUGCCACUGCUUACACUGUGUCAGUUCUCUGGAUGAAGAAACGGCUCCAGCUUCUGCAUCUGUCAGUCUGGCACCUUUAAUAAGUAAUUAAAUCACACUGUAGAUUUGUAUACAUACUUGGAUAAAUCAUAAAUGACAGCUAUCACACUGGCAUGUGAGCACGCCUGCAUACCCAGGGCAGGAAAUCGCAUACACUAUUUCAUUUGUUGCCAAUUUAUCUGUAACAAAGUGAGGAAGAUGCCCUGGGGACUGGUGACUAACAAGGAGCAUUGUUUAUGCUACAGAUCCCAUCCGGUUAUUAGUCUUUGAAAAGUGCUUUGUUUAGCUUAUCAGUGCUUCAGCAGGAAUGCCAGGGGCAUUAUUUUUGUUCUAAGUGUAUUUCUAUUCCAAUAUUACUGACUCCCACUCCACUCCUCCAUGAGAGGUUAUGUGUUACCUGAGGGCUGAACACUCGUCAUGUGCUUUGGUGCCGUGUUGAAUCAGGAUCAGGAUGGUUAACACUGCACAAAACCAAGCCCUUAACAGGUUUCCUCAUUAAUUUUGCUGUAUUGAAUUGGAGAACGAUCUGUACAGAAAACAAGCCUUUCUUAAGGACCAUAGAGCACGACAAAGAAUAAAUACCUUAUGAAGUAUGUACGUCUGUCAAUGAAAACUAUUUUACCAUGUUAGACUUUCUGCUUAAAUUCUAUACUUGAUUAAUUGGACAAUAUUGUGUUACACAAUCUAAUUCCGCAGUUACGCAAUUCCAGAGUAUCACAAGUGUCCGGCAAGUUUUAAGCCUGUUUCACAACAGUACUGAUAAGCGGCUACUCUAUCAGAUGAUCAAAAUACCUGUAGUGUGCCCUUGAUCGAGUUAAUAUUUAAAAAUAGUAAUGCAUUUUUUUUUAUUAGGUUCAGGUAUCUUUUCAAUAAUGCUAAACAUCUUUUGAGGGAAGAUUUAUUUUGAUGUUUUAGAAAGGGAGGGCUGUUUCAUUUUUCCCUGUUUGGUCCUUUCUUUUUUUAGCAGAUUUGCUUUAUUUGAGGGGAAAAAAAAAACCCAUCACGUUUCUAUCAUAAGUGUAAUUUAGAAAACCUGGCAGACCCUUGCCAUUGGGCAACUUAGUUAAUAAUUGACAAAGACUCAUAGCUUGGCCUUAAUGAAUGAUGCCACACCAGCACUGUCAGCGGGUGUAACUUACUCAGCUCCUCUCAAACAUUUCUGGAAAAAGGAAUGGAUUCACUCCAAAUUUGGCAACCCAGCAAUCACGGUGACUUCAGCUGCCCCAUCUGUCUCCAGACAGCUACUUUCCCAGUAGAAACCAACUGCGGACAUUUAUUCUGUGGUUCCUGUCUGAUUACAUACUGGAAGCAUAGUCCCUGGUUAGCAGCGAUAACCUGCCCUCUCUGCAGACAAAAGGUGGUUGUUCUGGGUAACAUCUCUUGUGAAAAACACCAAGAUCAGCCAAGUAAACAAAUCGUACAUGACAUCAGAGAUUACAACAAGCGCUUCUCAGGGCAACCUCGACCCUUUGCAGAUUACCUUUAUGACAUGCCGUUAUUCCUGACUCUUGCCUUGCGAGGAAUCUUCACCUGGCAUGGUCUCGUAUGGAUUUUUUUCCUAAGAGUUGCUGUUUGCUCCUUUGGAACAAUCAUAUGCUUGUCUUCUCCAUUUGACACGACGCCUGGGCCUCUCUGUAGGACGCUUGGAACAGCUGAUGACAUGGCGGUUGUUUCCCUUCUAUUAAUUUGCAUGAUAAACAUUUGUCAGCAAAUUGCAUCGAAUGGGGUAAAUAUGGCAAGGUCUGCAGCUCCGAGCGUGCAGUCAGAGUCCUGACUGACUCAAACUGGGAUUCCUCGGUCAAACUUCACCGAGCGAUGGCAGGCUUCUCUGAUUCAGGGCAGUGUAUGACGGAUUUGUCGUUCUGCUGCUGACAAAGGCUGAAGCAGGACUCAGCAAUACCAAGCGAGCCGGUGUGCGAGCGCUUAGGUGGCCAGUUUUACACCCCACUGUAUAUUUGCUAGACUCUUUCACGUUGUGCUUUUCUGUAACUUACCUUCAAAGUGCCUGAAUUGAAAAUGCCUAAAGCUAUGAACAGAGCCCGAAAUCACAAUGCCAAACAACUUGCAGUUGAAGAAUUUUAGAACUCUUGAGCUGUAACAUUUUACAUCUUGGCUCAAUUUAAAUAAAAUUCUAAUUUGAGAACCUAGCAAACAUUACAAUCGCUAAGUCUUGUAUAAUACAAGGAAUGUUAGAUAGUAUCGCUACAAAAUCUGGUAUCAGUGCUUUGUCUUAUCAUAGCUGAUUACACAUCCACUGGAAUACAGAUUUUUUUACAGCUCUGCAAUGAGUACAGUCCUGAUUUUAAAAUGGAUAAUAGGAGACUGGUAGUAACACUGGCUUGGAACAAAAAUACAACUAUAAAGUAGUAUUAGAAGGGGAGAAAGGCAUUAAAAAUUCAUGCAACAAAUGUGAACAAAUCUCUGCGUACUCUUUCGUAUAAGCCUGUGCCCGGUACACAGCCUCCCGGAACUCUGGGCAUCUGAGCUUUAACAAAGUCAGCAGGACUGUUUGUUUCCCUUCUAGACCUCACACACUCCUUGUGAUUUCCUUGUAAGUCUUGGUACCAGCUCAGCCGGAAAGAUCAAGGCCAAAUUCAUGAUGCUGAUAUAAAUAGCAGGAAGUUUAUGGCAAGUGUGCCGAAGUUGGGGGAGGGUGUCCACGUCUGUUUAUGUUGAGCUGCAAAGAGUUAAAAAUGCUGGUGCAGGACCAGACAACCCUACGCGCCCGUCCCGGUAUAAUCUGUACAUUUGCUCUGUAUUUACAGACGGGGGCCUUCGCUUUUUCAUAGGAAUUGUAUAUUAAAAUAGAUAUAUUAAAAUUUAUGAAUAUUUAUUGUUCACAGUACACUGGUCUCCAACUGCUUUUUCCUUGUUUAUAUUUUCGGUUGACAUAUUUUAUUGUGCCCUUGAAUCGUAAGCUACGAUAUACCAUCAUGUUGCAGUUGUUUUCUUGCUUGUUAUAAUCUUUUUGUUAUGAUGUUUCUUCAUUUUAUUCCCAUCAACUUUCAUUGUCUUUAAUUAUGUCCCUGAACUUGUAAAGCUGUUUCUCUUAACAAUGGGUACUUUGGAAAUGGCAACAAUUGCUUUUCCAUGAACUACAAGGCAGGAAGUGCAUUGUUUCUUUAAAAAAAUUACCAGAUGUUUUUGAGUGCUGACU